UAGAGAGGAAAGGGUUAAUGUUAAGGAAAGGGUUAUUGUGUUAAUGACCUUGUCUCUUUCUCUCUCAUUGUAUAGAUUAUAAAUUCGUAGAUAAUAGCAUAGAUAUAAGAAAAGCAACAGUAGUAAAUUAAAAGUAAUCCAAAUAAAAAUGAAAAAAGAAACCGAGCAAAAUCUAAAAUAUUUGUCAGGCGUACGCAGCCGGUCAACCAAUGGCAGCAUGCAGCCUGCCACGUUUCAGGUGUAGUAGGGUAUCGUCACGUAUGCUACGCCGAAAAUAUCGGACCGCCGUGUUGGAUCGUGUCACGAGCCGCCUUCCUCGCGGGCUGACAGAAACAUGCAAAAAUUGCAGAUUCUACGACAGUUGGACGUGCAUCCGAAGGUGCGCGAGGAGGCCGAUAUUCUCGUGAGAACUUUCAGCGGUGCUAUCGUUACAAUUAUUAGUACAUUCAUUAUGGGCAUAUUGUUUCUGUCAGAGGUGAACUAUUAUCUUACACCUACUUUGAGCGAAGAAUUGUUUGUAGAUACGUCUAGAGGUUCUAAGUUAAGAAUCAACUUAGAUAUAAUAAUUCCCGCUAUAUCUUGUGAUCUUUUAUCAAUAGACGCAAUGGAUACAACUGGUGAGCAGCAUUUGCACAUUGAACACAAUAUUUUUAAAAGGCGAUUAGAUUUGAACGGUAAACCUAUAGAAGAUCCACAGAGGACAAAUAUUACAGAUGCCAAGACUAUCAGUAAGACCACAGAGAAGGCGUUGGAGAUCAGUUCUCCCACAGAGGCUUGUGGAGACUGUUACGGAGCGGCCACAGAUGUGAUCAAAUGCUGUAACACUUGUGAGGAAGUACGAGAAGCUUACAAACUCAAAAGGUGGGCCCCGCCAGAUCCAGCUAACAUUAAACAGUGCCAGAAUGACAAGUCCAUGGAAAAAAUUAAACACGCGUUCACGCAAGGCUGUCAAAUCUAUGGAUAUAUGGAAGUAAAUCGAGUCGGUGGAAGCUUUCACAUUGCACCGGGUGACAGUUUCUCUGUUAAUCAUGUUCAUGUGCAUGAUGUUCAACCUUAUACUUCAACUCAUUUCAAUAUGACGCACAAGAUUAGACAUCUAAGUUUUGGGCUCAACAUCCCAGGAAAAACAAAUCCCAUGGAUGACACACUUGUAGUUGCUUUGGAAGGUGCUAUGAUGUUUUAUCAUUACAUCAAAAUCGUUCCGACGACGUACGUCCGUGCGGACGGCUCGACUCUGUACACGAAUCAGUUUUCGGUAACGCGGCACGCGAAACAAGUGUCUCUGUUCACCGGCGAAUCCGGAAUGCCGGGUGUAUUCUUCAAUUACGAGCUGAGCCCGCUCAUGGUAAAGUACACGGAGAAGGCGAAGUCGUUCGGUCACUUCGCGACGAACACCUGCGCGAUCAUCGGCGGCGUCUUCACCGUAGCCGGACUUAUCGACUCUUUGCUCUACCACUCGGUACGCGCGAUACAGAAAAAGAUAGAACUAGGAAAAUACAAUUGAUACAUCGAUCUGAUUGCAAUAACAUUGAUUAAUCUCUAAUCCCGCUCUACUUUCCGUUGGAAAAAUUUCUAUUUUCUUUCUCCAUUGUGUUAUGAGAACACGUAUGUUAUUUGAAAUUGACAAAGGAGUUUUAGAAAUUUAAUUACAGAGUUGAAAAUAGAUUAGGAUUAGCGUUAAUCGUUGGCAUAACGCACAGCAUAGAUAAAUAUUUAAACGAAAUAACGAGAAAUUUUACUUACGAUGACCACGUGCAUCGAUGUUUCUACUGACCAACCAACAACUUUCUCACGUGGAUUUUUAUCUCAUGUUUAGUAUUAUAAAUGUAGCUAACAAUUGCCGUUUUAUAUUGCGAAUAAUUUUGCGAAGAUUAUAUAGAUAAAUAAAAUUACGAAUCAGAUAGCAAUGUUUGGCGUAUGCGCGAUUAUUUUAACACUUUCUUUUCACAAUACAAAAAAAAAACAAAUUUUACACAAGCGAUGAUAUAUGUAUCAAAGUAUACUUUUUCUUUUUACAAAAAAGAAACAAUAUUGCGCAAAAUUUCUCUACGUAAUAACUAGUAAAAAUAAUUAAUAUGUAAAAAAAACGGUGUUUGUAUAUGUGUACAUAAAAAACCUGUCAACAUGUAUAAAAAGAAAUUGAAGAGAUUUGUAUGGAAACAAAAGU